CAGAUCAUCAACUUGCUCAUCCAACGCGGCGCCAACGUCAAUGUUCACAACGCCCGCGGCCAGACACCUCUCCACAUCGCCGCCCAACAGGGCGAUCUGAACACUGUCUCUCUUCUGCUCGCUUCUUAUCCCAUCGACGUCAACGCCCGUGACCGAUCCGGGUGCACACCGCUUCAUCUUGCAAGCGAGAAUGGCCAUGCCCAGGUGGUGAGCCUGCUGGUGGCUCACCACGCCCAGUUGGAUGCCAAGUCGAGGGGGUGA